ACACAGAUGUAUUAUGGGAUAUCAAACAACAAUAUCCGCGUUGCAAAGUCGAGAUAAUAAUUAGAAAAUGUGCUUAAUUUCCAUGUCUUUAUUAUGGAUGUAAAAGAAAUGGGGGAAAGAGUAUUUGCUGCGGAACGUUUGCUCAAGAAAAGGAUUCGUAAGGCGCGUGUUGAAUAUUUUGUGAAGUGGAAAGGCUGGUCUCACAAGUUUAACACAUGGGAACCAGAGGAAAACAUUCUUGAUCAUCGUCUGACUGAGGCAUUCAAUUCUGGGUUAGACAAGGAAACAUUGCCGAAAAAACGGGGACCAAAGCCCAAGAAACGAAAACCCGAGGAACCUCCAAAGGACGAAAAUGACGACUCUUCUGACAUGGAUACGACCACAGACGACGAAGAGGAAUCGUCAACUACGGAGAAUUCCGGUUCUGAAACAGAGGAGGAGCCAUACCAUUCCCAUAAAGACGAACAUUCCAAGAGUGUUUCAUUGAAGGACUCAAAUAUCGACGAAAGGUCGAGAGCAAAAGGCAGUGAGCGAUCUGAUAAAAGUCAAGACGUGGAUGAAGAUUCCAGAAAUAUUUUUGACACCCCUGGACUGAAACGAUCGGACUCUCCUUCACCCCCUGUGUUGACUCCCAUUCGACGAUCAUACCGACGAAGACCAAGUGGACGGGGUCCGGGUCGUCCCCCUCUAAACCGGCCCUCUGUUUCUUCAAAUGAUGGAAGCGGGCCUCCUUCUUUAAGAGUUGUGAUUCGAGGUAGACCAAGUGGUCGCGGAAGAGGCCGUGGUAGAGGGCAUACUGAGCCUAGGUUGAGGGGUCGUGGAAGGGGCCGGGGUACUGGAAAAGUGGGUCGUCCCCGAGGAAGCGGAAAAGUUGGCCGACCACGUGGUCGCCCAUCAAUACAUUCAUUCCGACGGAGACCACGACUAAAUAUUCUUACAGGGCUUCCAGAUGAUCGUUACUUGCAGGACAGACUGAAAAAAAUAAAACUGAAAGCCUUAGGAAUGAGUACUAAACAAAGUGUUGUCGCCAAAAACAAACAGAAGGAGAAAAAGAGCGCCUUGGUGGGAGUUAAUGUUGUUGAAAAUCACAAAAGAGACGGUGUGAAAAUGUGUGUGCCAAAAUUAGACGACGACAAGGAGUAUUGGUGCCCCUCCCCGGCGAUGACAAAACAUCUGGACCACGUGAUGAUCACGGACGUAGCAGCAGACGAUAAUAUGAUCACCAUUAGGGAAUCCUCUUCAGAAGUUGGAUUUUUUAAAAGUAGGGAAGAACAUUCGGAAAUGGAUGGAACUUAAUGAAAUGAUUCAAAGGAGAAUCUAUCACAUCUGGCUUGUUAGUAUACAUCCAUUUUAUGUCUUUUGUCGUGAAACAAUCCUUCACUAUUUUAGACAUAAAGCAUUAGUAAUCGGUGCUAUUUUAAAGUACUUAUGUGCGCAAAUUAAAAAAAAAAAUCAUAAGGAUAAACCUAUGGGUGCAUUUUAGUAUUUUACUAUUAUGUGAUUGUCACGCGUACAAUUAUGAAAUGUUUGUUGACAUAAAUACAAUUGUUAAUUGUU